UCUAGCGACCACGAUACAGUCGAUAUUAUCUUGGGAGCCAUGGAACUAGUCCAACUUCUCUCGAUGCCUCGAACAUGCUUCUUGCCCACCAACAAUAAUCUAGUUUCCCCGAAAAGAAAAGCACGGUGCAACAUCUAUCGACCCACUUUAUGUUCAGCUAGCUCCCAAGUCCCAAUACCGACCGAAGCAGAUGGAAGAAGAUCAGCGCAUUAUCAACCAACAGUUUGGAGUUACAGCUUCCUGCAGUCCCUUAAGCCAAACUAUACGGACGAAACACAAGCUCAGAGGGCAAUUGCGCUUGAGCGAGAGGUCAGAUAUGCAAUGCAUUAUGCAGAUGCAGAGCCUAGCACCCUGCUGUUGCUGAUCGAUGAUGUCCAACGUCUGGGUUUGCGACACCGAUUCGAGGAGGACAUCGGGAGAGCUCUGGAUAGAUAUAUUUCUCAAGGAGGAUGUAAAGCAAAUAAAGACAGGACGUUAUACACCACAAGUCUCGGCUUCAGGCUCCUCAGACAACAUGGCUAUGAAGUCUCCCAAGAUAUUUUCGAGAGUUUUAUGGAUCGCAGCCAAGGGAAAUUCUUCGAUAACCUAGGCAAUGACAUCAAAGGGCUGCUAAGCUUAUACGAGGCUUCGCAAUUGGCCUUUGAAGGAGAAGAAAUCCUGGAAGAGGCAAUGGAAUUUGCUAUUGAACAUCUCCGAGGCUUCAAAUCCGUUAAUAUCGGGAAGAACCUCCAAGACCAAGUGGUUCACUCGCUGGACCUACCUCUGCAUCGCAGGAUGCAGUGGCAGGAUGCUUGUUGGCACAUCGAAUCAUACCGUACGAGGAAAGAUAUGAAUUAUGGGUUGCUGGAACUUGCUGUCCUAAAUUUCAACACAGUGCAGUCGAUACUCCAAGAAGAUCUCCAACACAUGUCCAGGUGGUGGAACAAUAAUAUCGGUCUCGGGAACAAGCUGGUCUUUGCAAGGGACAGGCUGAUGGAAUGUUUUUUCUGGACGGUGGGGAUGGCUUUCGACCCUCAGUUCAGCAGCUGCCGGAGAGGUUUAACAAGAGUGACCUCUCUGAUAACGACUAUCGAUGAUGUCUACGAUGUUUAUGGCACUCUUGACGAACUUGAGCUUUUUACUGAUGCUGUUGAAAGGUGGAAUGUUAAUGCUAUGAGCAACCUUCCGGACUACAUGAAGCUAUGCUUCUUGGCUCUGUACAACACAGUGCAUGAAAUGGCUUAUGAAUUUCUGAAGAAGCAAGGAGAAAACAUAAUUCCCUACCUGACAAAAGCGUGGGCUGAUCUGUGCAAGACCUUCCUCCAAGAGGCAAAGUGGAGUCACAACAAGAUCACCCCAACGUUCGAUGAAUACCUCAAUAAUGGCUGGGUCUCAGUCUCGGGAGUUCUCAUCCUAGUUCACGCCUACUUCUUGUGCGGUCCAAGUAUCACAAAAGAGGCGCUUUGUUCUUUAGAGAAAUUCCAUGAUCUCGUGCGCUGGCCUUCUACCAUUUUCCGACUCUGCAACGAUCUCGCCACUUCCUCGGCUGAGUUAGAAAGGGGAGAGACGGCGAACUCUAUCCUCUGUUACAUGCUUGAAACUGGGGCUUCCGAGGAACUUGCCCGCUGUCACAUCAAUAAACUGAUCGACUUGGCUUGGAAGAAGAUGAACAGCUCCCUAGUUGGUGGCUCUGUCUUUGGGAAAUCGUUCGUAGACAUGGCUUAUAACCUUGCUCGAAUUUCUCACUACACGUACCAGAAUGGAGAUUCGCAUGGAGCCCCUGACAACAGAUCAAAGGAGCAACUCCACUCGUUACUAAUCGACCCAAUUUCUAUCACUUAGAUAGAUAGAAUGAUUGAUCAACGAUUCCCGGCAAGAAAGUUUAUGAACAUGGAUCUGAUGUGUACGAGAGAAAAUCAUCUGGUUAAGUUUCCUGAAGUUGUCGGGCAGAUUAUUAGUUGUUUUCCCAAAAUUGAUGGAUGAGAGCGGACCUAUAUAAUCCACAAUCAGUUCGCGCCAAAUGUGGGUCUUUGGUAGUUCCUUCAUGAAAAAUGUGGACUAAUGUCCCAACAGCGUCAACAUUAUAACAUUGUUGUAUUAUAACGGGACAAUUAGUGGACUCUAUAAUAACUAGGGAAUUCAUUCA